AUGGACCAGUCGGGGGGCACGUUGACCAGCAGUCAGUCCAUGAUGAGUGGCUUGGAUGGGUCUCCCGUUGCAGCGUUCAAACCCACCCACUCGCGCAACAACAGCGGCGGCGGCUCCUCAUCCCGACACUCGCGUCAGAAUUCGAGAGAUUGGGAGUUAAUGGACGACCUCCAGACUAUGACCAUGGGUACCGGGGGAUGUUUUGACAGUGCAGGCAUUCCCGGGAUUUGCGAGGGGUACCUGAUGAAGAAAAGGAAGCACCCGCUCAAGGGCUGGCAUAAGAGAUACUUUAUCUUGGAAAAGGGGAUCCUCAGAUACGCCAAAACCCAACAGGAUGUCCUCAGAGGAAAGUAUCAUGGUGCCCUGGAUGUCAGUCUCGCUGCCAUGUCCGUAAACAAGAAAUCUAACCGUAUCGACCUGGAUGCCGGAGAUAACUUGUUCCACGUGAAGGCUAAGAGCCAUGAACUUUUCUACAUUUGGUUGACCAAACUGAGCGCCCACCGGGUUUACAAGAAAAAUGAAGCUUUGAACCUCCACCAGGGGGUUCUUCAGGCACUGUCAGGGGUCCCAGGCUCCCUCCCUGUCAUGGCUAGCCUGGCCCAGAGAACCCGAGGGAUUGCCGACACGCUUCCUCAUUAUCAGAGCACAACUUCUGUCUACAACAGACAAAUGACGGAGUCACCAUCUUCCUCAUCCGGUGUGAACAGCAAAGUGUCCGCCUGGCUCAUGCAGACCCAUCAGUCCAACUGCUGCCAGCAAGAGCUGGCCAGAUGUCAGUUGGACUUGGACGGACUGGGUGGUCUGAUCCAGAGAUUGCAGUGCCUUGAAGGUGGUCUACCCAUCACAAACAUGGACCUGGAACGCCGGAUCAGCAUGCAGAAUCUUACUCUUGAGAAGCCCAGAAAGAAAUCUGGCAAGAUCUUUGGCCACUCUCGCGCCUUAUCACUUGGUUUUCUUCCACUGAAUAUGUCCACCAGUCAGCUGAGUUCUUCGUCUGGUCUUGGGUGCUCCGUCCAGUCAAUCCCAGACUAUGUGUACUCCCAGCUGUCUGCCCCAGGGGGUACUUCACCUGAAGGCAAGCAGCUCCAGCAGGACAUCCAUAAGAUGUCCCAAAAGAUACAUGAGUCACUGAGGAACAUCCACGAAGUUCUGAAUCUGGAGAGGGAGCGACUCAGGCAAGCCUGGACCAGCCCAGAGCUGCACCAGUCCACCUCAGACCAGUUGGCCACGCUUUGCACCACACUCUCAGAGGUGGAGCUUCAGUCGCGUCUCACCAAGGUUCAUUCACUCUCCUUGUCCUCCGACUCCACAGAUGAAUCUUUCUGCACAGUGCGUCAAGACCAGACGAUGACUUCUGUGAGCCGACAUGGACAACGCAAGCAGUCGCUCACUGAGUCCACAUCAGAAUUCUUCGAUGCUAGCGAAGUUCUUGUCUGUGAAAGCUCGUCGGAAAACGAGGCUUCGGAUGAGUCGGGCCUUAGCGAUGUCACCACGAGCAACUCUGAGCCUGAUGAGAGUCAUGCAACAUCCACCCUGAAGUACCGUAACAGCGUCUCGAGUGCCCCGGAUGUUCCCACGAACGUUCCUACGGACACGGGGCGCCGUAAAGUCCUCCCUGCACCCUGCAGCGAUAACAGCCACAUCGGGAUCCUCACCAUCCUCUACAACAACAUCGGAAAGGAUCUGUCACGUGUGUCCAUGCCGGUGGCCCUGAACGAACCCCUCAGCCUGCUCCAGAGGGUCAGUGAAGAGCUCGAAUACUCAGAGUUGCUGGACAUCGCCAACCGCACAGACGACCCUUACCAGAGAAUGGUUUAUGUGGCUGCCUUCUCCAUCUCAGGAUACGCGUGGGCUUCUUGGCGUUACCGCUACAAACCCUUUAACCCUGUCCUGGGGGAGACCUACGAAAGCGUUCGGGAGGAUCGGGGAUUCCGUUACAUGGCAGAGCAGGUCAGCCAUCACCCUCCUCUGUCUGCCUGUCAUGCUGAGUCAGAAAACUUCACCUUCUGGCAAGAUCAAAGAUGGAAGAACAAAUUCUGGGGGAAAUCUGUUGAGAUCGUAUCCACUGGGAUGGUCAAUGUUACACUGCCAAAGUAUGGCGACCAUUACGAGUGGAACAAAGCAGUGACCUGUAUCCACAACGUCUUCAGUCAGCAGAGGUGGCUGGAGCAUUACGGAGACGUGACCAUCCGCAACCUGAAAAGCGACGAGUGUACCUGCAAGAUCACUUUCGUUAAGUCUCGUUACUGGGGUUCAGAAAACGGCAAGAAUGAAGUGCAGGGGCAGGUUCUGGACCGGUCUGGAAAGGUGGUCCAUCGUUUUGGUGGCUCCUGGCAUGAGGGCAUUUUCUGUGAUACUCUGCCCAACCCACAAUGCAUCUGGAAGCCCAAUACACAACCCGACGACCACUUUGAAUACUACGGUUUUUCUCAGUACGCCAGAGAACUGAACGAGCUCACUCCUGAACUUGAGGCCGUCCUGCCCCCGACCGACACCCGCUUCCGCCCAGACCAAAGGCUGUUGGAAGAAGGCAAGAUGGCGGAAGCCGACAAGAGAAAGGAUGAGGUGGAGGAGAAGCAGAGGGAACGACGAAAAGAAAUGGCCAAGAAAGGAGAGGAACACGUGCCCCGUUUCUUCAAGAAAACUCUCGAUCAUGCUGGAAGGGAGGUCUGGGUAACCAACGAAACAUACUGGAAAGUCCGAGAAAACCCUGGAUUUGCCAACACUGAGAACUUGGAUCUCUGGUGCUGA